AUGCCUAACGUCCACCUCCUCGACUACGUCGCGGGCAACAUCCGCUCCCUCGUCAAUGCGAUCGAGAAGUGCGGGUAUGAAGUCGAAUGGAUCCGGAGCCCUCAGGAUGUGAAGAAUGCAGAUAAAAUAAUACUCCCUGGUGUCGGCCAUUUUGGCCACUGUCUCAGCUCCCUCUCUCAGGCCGGCUAUCUCCCUGCUAUCCAGGAACAUAUCUCAUCGGGAAAAUCCUUCUUCGGCAUCUGUGUGGGCUUGCAAGCCCUGUUCGCUGGUUCCGAAGAAGCUCCUUCAGUCUCGGGUCUUAGUCUCAUCCCGACGUCUCUCCGCCGUUUCAAUCCCCAAAACAAAGAUGGUUCGCGGAAGUCUGUGCCUUGUAUAGGCUGGAACGACGCCUCCACGGUGCACCAUCAAUCUUCUCCGCCCUCUGAUCAGACAACCCCAGUGGGCAAAUGCUUGUAUGGCCUCAACCCAACGAGUAAGUACUACUAUGUACACAGCUACUUCGCCCCUUACACGCCCGGGGAGCUGGAGAAAGAUGGCUGGACCGUCGCAACAGCCACGUAUGGGGAUGAAACGUACGUCGGAGCCAUUGGCCGCGGGAACGUGCUCGGCACACAAUUCCACCCCGAGAAAUCUGGCGCGGCUGGUCUGCAAGUCAUCAAGGCAUUUCUCGAGGGCAGAGUCUGGUCGGAUCCCGCACACACUACCCUCUUAAUGAACGGAGCUACUUCCACAGCUGCGGACGGGGCCACAAACGGCCUCACACGACGCAUCAUCGCCUGUCUGGACGUCCGGACCAACGAUGCAGGCGACCUCGUCGUCACUAAGGGUGACCAAUACGACGUGCGCGAGAAAACCGCCGGCUCCCAAGUCCGCAACCUAGGCAAACCCGUGGACAUGGCGAAGAAAUACUACACACAGGGCGCCGACGAAGUGACAUUCCUCAACAUCACCUCGUUCCGUGACUGUCCCGUCGCAGACCUACCGAUGCUCGAGAUUCUCCGACGCACCAGCGAGACCGUCUUCGUGCCACUGACCGUCGGCGGCGGGAUCCGCGACGUGGUCGACCCAGCCACGAACAAGCCCGUGUCUGCACUCGACGUGGCGAAGCUCUACUUCGCAUCCGGCGCCGACAAGGUCUCAAUAGGCAGCGACGCCGUCCUCGCCGCCGAAGCAUACUAUGCAUCCGGCAAGAAAUUGUCAGGCACAACAGGCAUUGAGACCAUUUCGGCCGCGUACGGCGGGCAAGCCGUUGUGGUCUCCGUCGACCCGAAGCGCGUGUACGUCUCUUCGCCGAGCGAGACAAGGCACCGUACGAUCCGCACGGCCUUCCCUGACGCACAGGGGAGAGAGUACGUCUGGUUCGCAUGCACGAUCAAGGGAGGGCGCGAAACAAGAGAUCUCGACGUCACACAGCUGGUCACGGCCGUCGAGGCCAUGGGCGCGGGCGAGAUCUUACUGAAUGCCAUUGAUCGCGAUGGACAGAAUAAUGGGUAUGAUCUCGAGUUGAUGGCGAUGGUGAAAGCCGUCAUUGGGAUCCCUGUUAUCGCGAGUUCGGGAGCAGGUCGUCCAGCGCAUUUCGAGGAGGUGUUUCGGUGUACGGACGUGGAUGCAGCGUUGGGUGCUGGGAUGGUAAGUCUUUGA